AUGCGCCGACCAUCUAUGGACCUGAGCGAGCCCUCUCGUAACAUCGAAGAGUCAAACGCCGAGCCUUCUGACGGCAACGCCAUGGACCUCGACCUGGAUCUCGAUCUCCCAACGGUAUGGGCCAGCGAAGAUUCUCGCGAUCAGGAUGCCCGCAUCUAUCCGCCGCCGCAGCGCAUUGCCGACCGCUUCUACCGCCCCUCGCACGCCCGGCGCCGUGACUCCGCCGCUUCAUCUCGACGAAACUCCAUCUCCUCCGCCCAUUCCCGCUGCUCUUCCAUCCACGCAUCUUCCACCCAUCCCGAUCAGCAGAGCAAAUAUGUCGCCCAACACCUUCGCCGAGCCUCCUUCCUCGAAGAUCGCAGAGCCCGUCUGGCCGACCGUGCUGCUCACGCAGAAAAGGUUCGUCUGAGAGCUGCCAUCGCAAAGGCCGCCCCACGUGGCCAGGCCUCGGAAGAGAAGGCCCUCGCAGCCCAGCAGGCGAGAGACCGCAAUCUUGCAGAAAUCGCCGCCACUUGCGCUGAGGAAGUACGGAAAGCCAAGCAGGUUGCCGAACAGACCAAAGAGAAGCGUGAGCAGGAAGUCGCCCGCAUCAAAACCCAGUUGGAGGAGCGCAUGGCCGAGGCCCAGCGCCGCCGUGAGGAACUACUCUCCAAAAAUGCUUCUCGCAAGACCCGCGUCAACAGCGCCUCCAAGAAAUCUGUUGACGUACUGGCUCGUGUGAACGAGCGCGAGGCCCGCAAGCUGUCUGAUCAGGAUGCCGCGCUGCUUAUCCAUGGCUGGUGGAGCUCCAUUCUCCGUAAACGAGCUAUUGACGAGUUCUACAAACUUGGCAUAAGCAUUGACGGCAUUCGAGACACCGAUUUCGACACCGUCGUUGAGUUACUUUCCCAAGAAAGUGUACUUCAUGUUACUGCCCGUCUGCUACGUCUCUGCGGUCUGCAAGAAGGCGAGCCCAACUCUGUUGCGGAGAUGGCUGCUUGCCGCACUUUUAUGAGUGCUUUCAUGAUCCUCGGCCACCCCAACAAAGUCCUGAGCACCAAGGAUGAUCCUACUCGAUCGAAUAGCGAUCUUGAAAAACCCGCCGCUGCAACAAACCGCUUGCCGGCGGCUGACUUGAGCAAUCCUCAGCUUCAAGAUCUCAUUGGUAAAGCCAAAGACCUUCUCAUUUCAUUUGAGAAUAUCCUGUCUUGGCUCACACCCGGCCACCGUUACACGGUUCCACCCUCUAUGCGCAACGUCAUCCCCGAAGCUUACGCGGUGUUUUACAAUGCCUUCAUCGCCUGGAAGUCUCGUGACUCUAACGCUCUUGUGGAGGUCAUGGUCAUGCAGUUUGUCGAGCUUGACGCCAUCUACCAAACAGUCAAAGAUAGUACCGACGAUGCCGCCGCUGACGUAUAUCGAAAGAGCAUUCAAGAGAGCCAAGUAAUGUUGAUCGCCCGUAUCAAGCGGCUGGCCGGCCAAGAAAAGGGAAGGAAGUUGAUUUUCGCGGCCGUUGCCGAAGCGCGCAACGCCCGCAAAGCCAAGAAGCAAACUACCGGUGACACUAAACCGCGAGUUGCUGACAACUCGGCUGGCGAUGCUUCUGCAACUGCCAGCAGCCUCGUGUCUCCAGAUUCGCAGACCCUCACACCUCCCUCGACACCACUUGGUCGAGGUCAGGGCCGGAGCUCAAGCCACCAGCAAUCAUCCGCACCCAAGACCGGGUUGGCGGGCUUGCUUCCCGACAACCGUGUCGUUGUGCAUGAGCUCGCAAUCAAUAAAGAGUACCAGAUACCGACAGAGGAAUAUGUCGAGCAGCAAGCUGCAACCUUUAGACCUCUAUACACGCAUAUCAGGGCAGUUGUUUAUGCAGAUGAUGACGAAGCCAACUUUCGCAUCUUUCUCGGCAUGGCAGGUACUAUCAGGGAUAAGCUACAGCGGCUCACGCCGGGGAACUCGAUGUACAAUCUCAUUGGCGAGAUCCUUGACCUUGAAAUGGCAGAACGGCAGUUUACGGUGGGCAACUUUUCCUACGAACAUUUCUUCACUGCCAUGGCAUCCCUGUUGCCCAAGCUCUGUGCCCCGGUCCGUGAUGAGGAACUCAAUACCCUUAUCCGGGACAAGUUGGCUGACGGCAAUGUCAUCGAUCGCGUUGAGGCAUUGAUUGGGUUCAUCGAUGUGAUGCUCUGCGACCAUGUCAACUAUUUGCUGUGCGUGUUUGCGCCGCAACUUAUUGAGUCUGCGGCACAGUAUGAAGCAAAGCUCUUCGCGCAGGAGAUUGCGGCUGGCGAUGUCCGCCUCAUUGUUGCUGAAAAUGCUUGGCGAGAGGCUACUAACAAGGUGAUGGCUGAGGUCCAGCGCCGCGAUCCAGAAGGCAUCAACCACCCGAAAUCGCGGCCCACUGCCUCACGGUUCUAUGCGCAGAUGCUCGUGGAUGUUUUCACGACCCUCGCGCUGCCUAUUUCGCCCGAUCAGGUACCGGAAAUGCUGCGCCUGGACAUUUCACGCAUUACCAAGGUUUCGACCAUGGUGCAACGAAUCAUUACAGUCGGUGCAGUGCUACUGCAGUGCAAAAACCUGCUGAAGCGGGAUGUCCGCUCACAGUGGAAGAUGGAGGCUUCUCGCAUCCUGGCGGUGCUUGAGAAUGAGCAUUCAUCUGUCGACACCACCCUGAACGGCACCAUGGCUGCGUUGGAGGCUGGCCGGUCCAUGCCUACGGCGACAAAGACGCAGCUGCGGCAGCUCGUGCGCAAAGUUCUGGAAGCAUCGCAGGAGAUGGCUCGGACCGGCGCCGAGCCGACGCAGCCGGUGCUUCGCUUGCUGCUCACUCGGCUCCGCGGCAACAUCUUGGCUAGACUCGUCCCCGGCUCCUCGUCGGCGAACGAAAAGGUCAAGGCGGCGAACAUGGCGGGCGAGAAACUUGCCAGCCUGGGCCUGUCUGAGUUUGUCGACCGCGUCAGGCAGAUUUCUGAUCUGCUUGACAAGGUCGGCUCAGUUGACCGGGCCGCGCACGGCACCUGGUGGGAUGCUGUCGCCAUCAAAGUGCAGCAAGAGACUAUCGAGUCUUGA